UAUAUAAUCGGUGUACUACGUGGCCAUCCGUAGUCGGGACAACGAAGAAGAUGAACGUUAUAGCCGCGAUACUGCUGGUGACAUCGGUGCCGUGGGUGAUUGCCUAUCCCUGGCCAGGGAUCAACGAGAAAUCGGAAGAAGUAAAAAUGGUGGAGCAGAGGGAACCGUCAGGAUUGUUCGAAAGCGUAACGGCGUGGGGCAAUAAAAUUUUUCCAUUUCAAUUUUUGAACGGGGACGAAAAAGUGGAAGAUUCGAAGAGGCUCGAUGCACAGAAGGAAUAUAACGGCGAGCGUAUUGCGACGUUCCCGUUGGAGAAAAUUUUUGGCAAGGAUAACAUAUUCGCCUCGAUGAUCUCGAACGUUAUCGGCACAGUUGGAAAAGCGAUAGAAGGUAUCGCGAGCAACGUUCAAAAAGGGAUAGGAUUACCUUUUUUCCCAAACAGAGAAAUGCCAACAGUAGACGCGGACAAAAGUGAUUCUGGCCACUCGAAGCGAUACGGAUCAAGGGAGGAGGCGAGCGUGAAAGAAGGAGGUCGGAGGGUCGGUUAUCGGGAAUCAACAGAAGGCGCGAAAGAAGUUGAUGGCGAGAAACGCGCUAUUCACUCGGCCGCUCCUCCGCCGCCUUUGGAUGAUGGGGAUGAUGCAAAAACAGGUGGCGGCGAGAGAAAACGGUGGGACGGGGCUGCGGUAUCAACGGAACUCGGGGGGGGAUCGGGUGACGCAAAAAGCUGGAGUCAUUCCUCCCAAGGAAUUGAGAAAAACUCGUUAACCAGGCCGAAAGAAGGGAGUUCUCGGGGAUCGACAAAUGUUGACGAUCGUUCCUCGGGGAAGGGAGGAGGUGAGGUUAAAGAGGAGGUUAAAGAGGAGGCGAAGAAAGUUGAAAGUGAUGCAAAAGGGAAGAGAGAUGAGGUUGAAAGGGAAGGAAAAGGGGGGGAGGAUAAAGUCGGUGAGGAAAAGGAGAAGGAGAUCGAAGUGAAGGAAACGAAGGAGAAGAAGGAAGAAAAGAAGGAGAUUAAAGAAGAGGAGGAGAAGGAAAAAGAUGGAUUAGAGAAAAAGAAGGAUUAGUUUGGGGGCCAAGCUGAACAGGAUCGAACGAUAAACUGGUAAUGGUAAUGUGUAAAAGGAUAUUUGAAAUUAAAAAAGAAAGGAAAAUAAUUUACAGAGAAGUAAAGAGAAAUAAAGAGGUAUCGGACAUUGUGAAAAGAUGAAAUUAUCGGGGGAAAAUAGUUAAAAAAAGAAGCGUAAAAAGAAACGCUGACACAAAGACAACGUUGAUGAAACUUGGUAAGAAAAAGAAAAUGAUCGCGAAUAGAAGGUUGGAGCAUAAAAGAGCGACGUUACGAUAGAAGGAUGGCUCUUUCAUCGAAAUUGAUAAAAGAAUCAUCCUUUGUCACGCAACGAUCGAUCUAUUCUCGAGAAUAUCGCGAAUAAACGAAACGAGAAAGAUGACAAUCACGACGGAAUUAUAAUUGAAGGAAAUUGAUGACGCAGCAUCGGACGAGGGAAAAAAAACACGAUUACGCGCGCAAUUUUAAAUCAAUAAAUGGAAUUUCUAAGCGGAAACUUGGAAGAAGAAGAGAAAGAAGAAGAAAGAUCAUCGAAAUAUCUUCAAGCGCAUGAACUAAAUCGCGCAAAAAACAUAAUAGCUUCGAAAAUAGUUUUAAAUUAUCAAUUGAUACUCGUCGUCGUCGUCGUCGUCGUCGCGAAGAAGAAAGGAAAUAUCGAGAUUUCUUACGCAUCGGCUUGAAGAAUUGAUGAGUAAGCGAUUGCAUUCGUGUCGAAUGAUGAAGUGAAGGUUCUUGAAACGUGUGCGCCAACUGCAAAUGCGUAUAGAAAGAAAUUAACUAAUUAAGGCUAUUCGAGAUGAACGAGUAAUUAUGGGAUCAUUUGCACAAUUAUUGAUCCGUCAGUAUUUGACUAUUUACCUUUAUACCAUCGACGAUACGUACUCGUAUCAACGAUUGUUAGAAUUGCGAGUGAUAAUAAUGUAACAAGGAUUAUUAAUCUGGGUAUUUUUUUUCUUUUUAUUAUUAUUACUUUCUUAAUCUCACUUAACACCAUAUCAUAUUUACGUUUUAUUUAUUUUACGUGUAUUUUAAAUAUAUUUUUUGUUGCUUAAUGUAUCGAACAAUAUUAAUUCGUUCGAAGAAUAUUCGUGUAUUAAUUAAAAACAAUUCUGCAGAGAUUAAAAUAUAUCCAUUUUUAUAUUCUA